AUGACUUCGGAUGACUCAGACACUGAGAGUGUACAUAGCACUCAUAGCUUUUAUCGUACUCGAUCAAAAGAUCGUCGUAUAGCUCAAGAUAGAUGGUUGAGUGAUUUACUAUCUCGGGUCAAAGAGGAAAAAAGGGAUUUCACUAGUGAUGAACAAUAUCACAUCAAUAGCAUCAGAAGAGAAAGAAAGAUGAGUGAUAUUUUUCCUGGCAUCCCAGCCGAACCGACAAAUACUACUAAUGUCCCUAUUGAUUCUUUACCGUCAGCACAAGAAAUAGAAGAACAAGUGGAUCUUCCUUCAGACUUUAUCGUUGUAUCUGAGACUACAAGUCAAGGUAGAUCUCUUCAUCCUAGGAGGGAAGACUUCACUACGACCACUGUCGUCCUUCCAAGAAGAAGAAGAGACACUUCAUAUUUGACAGCUGACGGUUGGACACGUCAGAGAGGUACAAUCUAUUCUGCUACAAGUACCAAUCAGAAUGGCAGGAGGCAUAACGCAUUCACGAGGUCUGGUCGUUUUAAACCUUCGAAUACUUCUAAUACAGCAAGUACAAUGACGGCAGGAGCGAGAGUGGAUAGAGUAGUGGUAGAGAAAGCAUCGGAUGAUGAAGAAAGUGAAAGCGAAUGGACGUACUGUAUAGUGGAUGAUGAGUUCAAAGAAAGAAAGUAG